CAAAUCCGAUGGAACAUUCGCGAAUGGUUGAAAUUUCCGGCGAGUGAUUUCUAGAAUCUUCAUCACUCAAUAAAAGCGGCGCGUUUCCCCCAACUUCUUAUAAUUUUCUAAGAAGACCGCGCACGAGACGUGUUGAUUCGAAGAGUCUACGCUAAAAUAAGUAAAAGAAAAUAUUAGAGAGUUACAAUUUUCGUAAUUGAUAAUUGUUCUUCGAUAAGAAAAAAGAUACAUUUUACAUCUGCGAUCAAGUGUAAAUCCUAAAAACAUCUACUUACUGGCAUUUAUUGUGAUUAAAGCUGAAUUUAACAUCCAACAAGAUGCCGGCCGACGUUGCAAUGAUGGAUACCACCAAUGAAGUCGAAACUUUCGUCUUUCAAGCCGAAAUUGCUCAAUUAAUGAGCUUGAUUAUCAAUACUUUUUACUCGAAUAAAGAAAUUUUUAUCCGAGAAUUAAUUUCCAACGCAUCUGACGCUUUGGACAAAAUUCGUUAUGAAUCUCUUACGAACCCAUCGAAGUUAGAUUCAUGCAGGGAAUUAUUCAUUAAGAUCGUACCCAACAAAAAUGAUCAUACGCUUACUAUUAUUGACUCAGGUUGUGGAAUGACCAAAGCUGAUCUCGUCAAUAAUUUAGGUACUAUUGCAAAGUCUGGUACUAAGGCUUUUAUGGAAGCUUUACAAGCUGGAGCUGAUAUUUCUAUGAUUGGUCAAUUUGGCGUUGGUUUCUAUUCUGCAUACCUAGUAGCAGAUAAAGUUACAGUAGUAUCAAAACACAACGACGAUGAACAGUAUUUAUGGGAAUCCUCUGCCGGUGGUUCUUUCAUAGUUCGUCCUGAUAAUGGAGAACCUAUUGGAAGAGGUACUAAAAUCAUUUUGCACAUUAAAGAAGAUCAAACCGAAUAUUUGGAGGAGGAUAAAAUCAAAGAAAUCGUCAAGAAGCAUUCGCAAUUUAUUGGUUAUCCAAUAAAAUUACUGGUUGAGAAAGAAAGGGAUAAAGAAUUAAGUGAAGAUGAGGAUGAUGAACCAUCGAAGGAAAUGGAAGACGAGGAUACUGCAAAACCUAAAAUUGAAGAUGUCGGAGAAGAUGAAGAAGAGGAAAAGUCUACUACCGAAAAGAAAAAGAAGAAGAAGGUCAUCAAAGAAAAAUAUACAGAGGACGAAGAACUUAAUAAGACCAAACCAAUUUGGACCAGAAAUCCAGAUGAUAUUACUCAAGAAGAGUAUGGUGAAUUUUACAAGAGCUUGACAAAUGAUUGGGAAGAUCAUUUAGCCGUCAAACAUUUCUCUGUUGAAGGUCAAUUAGAAUUCAGAGCUCUGCUAUUCAUACCAAGAAGAGCACCAUUUGAUCUUUUUGAAAACAAAAAGAAGAAGAAUAAUAUUAAAUUAUACGUUAGGAGAGUCUUCAUCAUGGACAAUUGCGAAGAUAUUAUUCCAGAAUACCUUAACUUUGUCAAGGGUGUGGUGGAUAGCGAAGAUCUUCCAUUAAAUAUCUCUCGUGAAAUGUUACAACAAAAUAAGAUUCUCAAAGUUAUCAGGAAGAAUCUUGUUAAGAAAGCUUUAGAACUUUUUGAAGAAUUAUCCGAAGAUAAAGAUAAUUACAAAAAAUGUUAUGAACAAUUCAGUAAAAAUUUGAAAUUAGGUAUUCACGAAGAUAGCCAAAACAGGAAAAAGCUUUCUGAAUUAUUGCGAUACAAUACGUCUGCUUCGGGUGAUGAAGUGUGCUCGCUUAAAGAUUAUGUUGGCCGUAUGAAAGAAAAUCAAAAACAUAUAUACUACAUCACAGGAGAGAGCAAGGAACAAGUGGCCAAUAGUUCCUUUGUUGAACUCGUUAAGAAACGUGGUUUUGAAGUUGUCUAUAUGACAGAGCCCAUUGAUGAAUAUGUUGUUCAACAAUUGAAGGAAUUUGAUGGAAAACAAUUGGUCUCUGUCACUAAAGAAGGCUUAGAACUUCCAGAGGAUGAAGAAGAAAAGAAGAAAAGAGAGGAAGAUAAGGCCAAAUUCGAAAAUCUUUGCAAAGUCAUGAAAGAUAUUCUCGACACGAAGGUAGAAAAAGUAGUUAUCUCUAACAGACUUGUUGACUCUCCAUGUUGUAUUGUUACAUCCCAAUAUGGAUGGACGGCCAACAUGGAAAGAAUAAUGAAAGCCCAAGCUCUUCGCGAUGCAUCUACCAUGGGAUAUAUGGCUGCAAAGAAACAUUUAGAAAUCAAUCCUGAUCAUCCUAUAAUGGAAAAUUUAAGGCAGAAAAUAGAGGCUGAUAAGAGUGACAAAUCUGUUAAAGAUUUGGUUAAACUCCUAUUUGAAACUGCUCUUCUUUCGUCUGGCUUUGCUCUUGAAGAUCCACAAAUACACGCAUCGAGGAUAUACAGAAUGAUCAAAUUGGGUCUUGGUUUUGAAGACACUGAAUCAUUUAAUGAAGAGGAAGAAAAAAUGGACACAGAUGUUCCUGCUCUUGAAGGAGAUACAGAAGAAAUUUCUAGAAUGGAAGAAGUAGAUUAAUAAUUUAAUUUAAAUAUUUCAGGAGCGUUAAUAUCCAAAGAUUUUUAGGAUUUAGAAAAAGACUGUUAAAGACUCUAAUAGUACCAAUAGUAUUUCUUUAUUUUUUUUUCUUCGAUUUUUUUAGUUUUUCUCUUUUGUUUCAUCCAAGAGGUCUUAUAUGCAAGACAGAUUGAGGUUUUUUUAUAUUUUAAGCAUAUUAUUUAGUAUGAAAAAUAUGUGAGCAGAGAGUGUGUUAAAGUGUAAAUGUUAUUAUUGCAUGUUUGUAGUAAUAAGUCGUAUUUCUUCUAACUAAUAGUUAAUUUUUAUUUCGAAA